CAACUGCAGAGGCGGAGGGCUGUGACAAUUCAAGAUGGCGAAGGACCUGGACGAGCUCUUGGAUGAGGUCGAGUCCAAGUUCUGCGGAUCAGACCCCCUGAGACUGGGCAUUGUCGAGCGGCCCAGAGGCUGCGGCGGUGGUGUCCUCAGCAACGACCGGAGCCGAGCCGAGGAGAAAGAGACUCUCAGACCAAUAGAAACAUUUAAAAAAGAAGAUGAUCUUGACAGUCUUAUUAAUGAAAUAUUUGAAGAGCCCAGCUUUGACAAAAAACAAUUUAAAUUAAAGUCUACAUCUUCAGGUAACGCAUCUGUCAGAGCUCCCACUCAAGGCCUUGGUAAAAGUUGCAGCCCAGUGUACCUUGGUGGAAGUGCUGUUCCUUGUGGGAUUGGGACAAAUACUUCACAGAGAGCGUGUGACCAUCUGCGUUGUAUAGCAUGUGAUUUCUGGAUAGUAAGCUACGAUGACCAUAGGUGGGACACAUCAUGCGAUUACCUGUUUUUCAGGAACAAUAUGCCAGAAUUCCACAAAUUGAAAGCAAAGUUGGUAAAGAAGAAAGGAACACGGGCCUAUGCCUGCCAGUGCAGCUGGAGAACCAUUGAAGCACUGACUGACCUUCAGAAUGACCAUCAGCUUCGCUGGGUUUGCGGUAAACACUAAGGAUGCAGGCUUUCCACAUUCAGACAGAUCCCUCCAUGAGAGCAGUCUCAGGUCAUGGUCACCACAUUUAGGUAAAGGGGCAGAACAAUAUCAUGGAAAAGAGAGGAAAUUUCCUUUCGCGGCUGCGCACGUUUUCAAAGACCAAAUGGACUUGAGAAGAUAAUGUGCUUUAACAGUUUAGAAUUAUUCCUUUUUGCUAGAUGGACAUUUCACUUAAUAAGUAAAGUGUUGAGUUAUCCAAAUACUUCUUUGCUAGCCUCUCUCCUGUUAAAUAGCAGUUUAAUUGUGUAGUUUCAUACAAAUAUGAACUAUAUCCAUUCAGUUGCAACUGCGGUAUUCCUGACGCUACUACACUUAGCAUAAGCACUCCUUGUUUACAGCAGUUCAAGGAUAAAGCUGGUGGGUUCAGAGAGGUCAUUGAGGGGUGCAUACAUUACCUCCUCCCGCCAGAUCUGUUGUCAUCAAAGGUCAUAAUUUAGAUUUGUCAGAAACCAUGUGAUGAGGGACUGAUUGAAGGGUUUUCAAGAGUAUAGGUAUAUUGUAGGUGAAAACACUGCCUGUGUCUGACCUUACUUCACCAACUCAAAGCAAUAUUAUGUACAGUAAUAAGUAUGCAUUACCAGUCUUAGCUUAUUUCUCCUCCUUUUCAUUUAGCUAUCAAAAGUUAUUUAGUUUGCUGCUUUACCAAAUAUUUAUUUCUAUUUUUAAAAAGUUGUUUUUGAUGCACCUAAAACCACAAGGAAAAAUCCUAAUACAGACAGGGCAUUGUUGGAUUUUUUUCAAGGACCUUCUUGCCUUUAAUGCCCUAAAACUCAAUCAAGUAAAAUAAACAGCAAGUUAAGAUAUUUUCUCAGGCAGCCUGUUGAUUCUUCUGGUAGGAUGAGGUUGACAUACUAUUUAUUAGAUGAGUACAUGAAAAGACAAAUAAAGCAUAGCUGAACCAACAGGUAACUAUUAGGCUCCUUCUUGACACCAUGAACAUUUGAGAAACCCCACAGUGGCAGCACAUUCAGAAAAUCAGUUACUUCGGGAGUUCCUGUUGUGGCGCAGGGGAAACGAAUCUGAGUAGUAUCCAGGAGAAUGCUAGUUUGGUCCCUGCUGUGCUGUGGCAUAGGCUGGCCUCUGUAACUCCCCAUUCAACCCCUAGCCUGGGAACUUCCAUAUGCCGCAAAUGCGGCCCUAAAAAGCAAAAAAAAAAAAGAAGAAGAAGAAGAAGAAGGGAAACCGGUUACUUCAAAGUGCCAGCUGCCAGCCCCAUGCCGAGAUUCUGGGGGCUUUCCAAUCUGCCAAAAGCUUCUUACUGCAUGUUCUAAUGUAUAGUUCAAAUGUGUGACACAAGGCUUGCAGAAAAGGAGUAAUUGAAGCAAAGUUACGAUCUGCUUAGUCUCAUGCUGAAUCUGUUCCAGCCACUUUUACUUGAAGAUCUGUCAUUAAAAUCCUUUUCCUAACCGUGACACAUUUGCAUGUGUGUAAAACUUACUCUAAUAAGUCUAGUAUUCCAACAGAACAAGUCUCAUUGUAGCAGAUGCUCAUAUUUUUGUAUGAAGGAUAUAUUUACAGAUUUUAUCUUUCAAUAAAAUUUCUACCCCCUCAAA